GAUAGAGACGUGGCAAUGAGUGAUGCCCACGGAGGUCCUGGAGUCAGAUGCACACCCAAUGCCAUCCCAACCUACUAUCGGAGAGGCAGUUGUUACAGAGGAGAUCAAACCCAUGGGAACAUGGAGAGAGACAGGAAACCUCCAAAGGAAGGAAUGGAGGGGAACAGGCAGGAUGGAACCUCCAGGAGCUGGUUCAAGGUCACAAUUCCAUUUGGCAUAAAAUAUGAUGAGAAGUGGCUGCUGGAUUUGAUCCAGAGCCAAUGCAGUGUCCCCUUCAACCCGAUUGAGUUUCACUAUGAGAACAUGCAGGCCCAGUUCUUCGUGGAGAAUGCCAGCAUUGCCUUCGAGUUGAAGAAAGUCAGUGGCAAGAUUUGGGAUGAAGAAAACGAAAGCAUAUCCAUCUUUGUCAGCCCCUGUGCCGUACCCCACUCUGUGCAGAAGGAGCUGAAGUCAGAAACGGUGAAACUGCCGAAGGUGACCAAUAACAAAGGAUAUGAAGUCCCCCAGCAAGCUCUUGACCUUUGGAAAGUCCACUCAGACCCAAAUGUGAUGACCCAUAAUAUCAAAAUGGGGCCAAAUCUUAGAAACUGCAUGGCUGCCUCCCUGCAGAUCCAUGAAGAGAACACGCCCAAGCUUUUGUCCUUCAACUCGAGCAACAACACACCCUACCAGGUAGUUGAUCUGCCCAACACCAUGCAGAAGACCCUCAACCUCAAGAGCCUGAACCCCUCCAAAAAUGAGGUGAGAAGCAAUAGGGAGUUGGACAAGGUGAAAGCGCUGGAGCCAGAAGAGAUGUUUGUAGACAGGAAUCCUCUGUGCACCACCUUCCCAGAUAAGUCCACCAACAUAAGCUCCAUCCUGGAAUUGUUCCCCAAGUUAUUACGCCUGGAUAACCACGAGGUACUCCCACCCAUUGUCUUUGGCACUGAAGCCUCCAAGAAGUUACCAGUCUGCAAGGGGAGCAUCUUCAGAUCUGAGACCUUGGAGAAUCUAAUCUUACUAUUCCUGCACCAGUAUUACUGCAUCUAUGACUACGGGGACCGGCAUGGCCUCCUGGAUGCUUACCACAAUGAGGCCUGCUUCUCUCUGGCCAUUCCCUUCAACCCUGAUGACCUAGUUCCAAACAGCUUAGACAAAUACUCUAAGGGGAGCAGGAAUAUGAGGAAGCUCAAGGACCCCGUCCUGCAGGUUCAGUUGCUGAAACACACAAAACAUGACAUUGUUGACUUCCUCAGUGUGUUGCCCAGAACCCACCAUGACAUCAGCUCCUUGGUGGUGGACGUGUGUGUCAAGACGGAAAAGAUGCUCUGCUUUUCUGUCAGCGGGGUCUUCAAGGAGGUGGAAGGAAUGUCUCCAGCUCGUGUCCGUGCCUUCACCCGGAUCUUCAUCGCUAUUCCUUCCAGCAACUUCAGCCUAUGCAUCCUGAAUGACCAACUGUGUGUGAGGGAUAGCAGCCCCAUAGAGACACAGGGUGCCUUCUUCACCCCAGUGCCCACACCCUCCAGCUCCCUACCCACACUCUCCCAGAAGCAGAAGGAAAUGGUGCCAGCGUUCACUGCCCAGUCUGGGGUGAACCUUGAGUGAGCUCAGAAGUGCCUUCUUAUCAAGAACUGGGACUACACCAGAGCCUCACAAAUUUUCACUCUGUCCACUGUGAGGUCUGGGAACUCAGGCCAGUGAACAGAGGCCAGGUGGCCUGGGGAUGACACUCAGGGCUCCUGGCUCUGAUGA